AUGUUCUUCCGCCGCUCUCUCCAAACCUCGGCUGCUCUUCGCAGCGACCUUGUGCGGGAGGCUUUCGUGAACAAGAUCAAAGAAUUUGGCAAGAUUGGUGCGGAGCUCUCUACAAAAGACCCGGCCGUCAAAAAGUCGCUUCAGGAUGAGUUGAACCGCGUUGCCCAAAAGUAUCAGCUCGACAACGCCGCCGCUGCGAAGCUGUCCCCGGCCAUCGAAUCUAGCCAGGUGGAGAGCUCGAUUGCCGCCGCCUAUGAAGGAGUGACGAUCAAGCAAUUGCUGGAACAGGUGAAGAAGGAAGAGACCGAUUUUUUGGCCCGCCAGGCCGCUCGCCGUGCGGAGGAAGCGAAGCGCAGCGGCGCCCUUUCCGGAAAGCAA